UGGGCGCAUGCGGCGACUUUCUCUGAGCUCUCGCGAGGUUUCCUCUUCCCGGAAGAAGCGGAGGAACUUCCCCGUUCACUGCGUCGCGAUGUGUGGGGACUGUGUGGAGAAGGAAUAUCCCAACCGGGGUAACAUCUGCCUGGAGAAUGGAUCUUUCUUGCUGAACUUUAUAGGCUGUGCAGUGUGCAGUAAGCGGGACUUUAUGCUGAUCACAAACAAAUCUUUGAAAGAGGAAGAUGGAGAAGAAAUAGUUACCUAUGAUCCAGAUCUUUGUAGGAAUUGUCAUCAUGUAAUAGCCAGGCAUGAGUAUACGUUCAGUAUCAUGGAUGAAUUUCAGGAGUAUACCAUGCUGUGUCUGUUAUGUGGUAAAGCUGAAGAUACGAUCAGUAUUCUCCCUGACGACCCCCGACAAAUGACUCUGUUAUUCUAAGGAUCCUUCUGCAGCUCUGUAAUCACAAUGUGGUGUUGGUUUACAAUACAGCAAGCCUGAUGGUUUGUCUAACUUAGUUUAUAAUGGAAAUUAUUUGCAUAUUAUUUUUUUCUGCUUAGGCUUACCUAUUCUCUGAAAGAAAAAGUGGGACUUCCCUGGCUGUCCAGUGGUUAGGACUCGGCGUUUUCACUGCCAUGACCCGGGUUCAAUCCCUGGUCCGGAAACUAAGAUCCCAUAAAUCAAGUUGCACGGCCAAAAAAAAAAAAAGUUAGAAAGAAAAA